GAUGGACAUUGCGGCAUGGAGGCCAACUCGUAUCCCAAAAUUUCUGGUCUAUGCCGAACGAGGCAGAAUAGCUCAGACCCUAGGCUUAACGCCGUUUCUGGCACAAGCGCACCUCAGGCCUCAUGCCCCGUUCAUUUUCCUUGUUAUGCAUGCAGAGUAGCCAGCGUCGACGGCGUCUCGUUGCCGUAAUCUCACUCUAUAGCCCGUUCACAGACUUGGUAUGCUAAGCCCUUUCGGGUUUAUGGCAAUCUCCCACCGAAGGAGACGUGGUGGCACCGAAGAUAAUCUUCCAGCAACAAAAAUGCAUAUGCGCGAAAGACUGCUUACGGAAAACGCGUAAUGACUUUAAUAUCUAUGCUCAUGGACCAUGUGCGUCUCUCAGCGAGUCGUAUAGAGGAAAGGCCCUGUAUACUAUCUGACUUCCUAUGCCCCUACAUUUUCUGGUAAUCUGGCCCCUCAAAGAAAGUUUGACUCCGUCUCGUGUUCCACGCCGAGAUGCUCUG